AUGUGGCAGGCCGCUCUCUACGCGGUGCUUCUCGCGUACCUUCCUUCGUACCUGGACACGUGUCCUACGACCCAUCGCGGUCGGUACUGGCCGUGGUUUGCCACACGCGACUGGAGGUGGCUGUCCCCAUUCGUCAAGAAAGCGGAGCUGCACUUUGAAACACCUUUGACCAAGGGCACGCAGUACCUCUUUGCAGUCCAUCCCCAUGGCGUCGCUUCGUGGCACCACGGCGUCCUCCUGGGAAAUACGUCAACGCCUCCAUUCAGCGACUUUGUGCCUGGCGACCAGCGCCGUCACUUGGGCGCGUCCGUCGUCUUCCGCAUCCCACUAUGGCGCGAGUUCAUGUUGUACUUCGGCGUGGUGGACGCGUCCAAGCAUGUCGCACAUGCUGUCCUCAAAUCUGGCAAGACCCUCGUCAUCUUGGUCGGGGGGGUCAUCGAGCAAAUGAUGGCCAAGCGCGGCGAGCAUUUGAUUUACGUCAAACAUCGCAAAGGCCACUGCAAACUGGCGAUUCAACAUGGCACUGCUGUCGUCCCAGUGUAUUGCUUUGGGGAAACAGACAUGUUUGAGACCUCCACGUUUCUGCUGCCGUUUCGGCAAUGGGUGGCCAAAAAGUUCAGCGUGGCGCUGCCGAUUUGCUGGGGGCCGUACUGGUGGUGCCCCAUCUACCCGUUCGACGUUGAGUAUCACCACGUGUUUGGCAACCCCAUUCCCACGACCAAGACCGACCACCCCACGCAAGAAGACAUCGAUCGCGUUCACAAGCAGUACGUCGCCGAGCUCGAGCGCAUUUUCGAAAAGUACAAGGCGCAGUUUGGCUACCCCGAAGCGACGCUGCACGUUUGUUAA